GGGUGUCUCGGGCGCUGAGAGGACGUGACCCCGCAAAAGAUAAUAACUCAUCAUUGAUGAAGAUGUCUUCAGCACCUGAGCCUCCAGCAUUCAAAAAGGAACCACCCAAAGAGAAAGACUUUCAAAGCCCGGGGCUCAGACGGGUGCGCACAACAACCUUAUUUCGUGCUGUGAAUCCAGAGCUCUUCAUUAAACCUAAUGUUUCUUAUUCUCUGAAGCAUCAGCAUUUUGAAGUGUCUUUUAUGGAAGUGGGGACAGAAAAGGGGGUAAAAAUGAGUGUAAACAAAGCCGAGUCCCACUGUCAGCACUGAGCAGCAGAAUGGCCUUGGUUGUCCUGGCACCUGGCCCAGGGGCCUAGGACAGAGGUCAAGGCUAGGCCCCUGUGUCUGGCCAGAUUCUGCCUUAUAGAAUUCAAAUCUUUAUCACAAGGGUUCUGGACCUGUUUCAUUUCUAGAUAUGUACCUAAUUCUCCAAAUCAUUGUAACUGGGCCUCAGUAGUAAAUCUCACCUCUGAAGUUUUGCUUCAGUUGCUAUUAAUAUUACCAAAUAAUAAUAACAGCACAGGCAGAGUUUAUCAUAAUGUUAUUUUUAAUUAUCACACUUCAUUGUCGUUUUGUAAGGUAUAUGAAUAUGUAAUUAUGUGUGAUUUGUAGAUAUUAAAGAACUUAGCUAAUUGAAUUUACAUGCAACGAAAUAAAAUCUUUACUACUGAGCCCCAAAUAUUUAUUUGCUGUGCCUCUCUGUAUAAUGUACUUUAUAUAGUUUAAAAUGCACUUCAGUGAUACAAAAUCCCUUUUAAAGACUGUCUUUUGUUUUUGGUUUCCCUGUGUAUUUUGGCUGUCAAAAAACUAGGGUUCUUCUGUUUUUAACUUAUGCAUUUAAUGACACAUUGCCAUCUUUUAGAAUUUUUUACUAUUUAACAGAAUAAGUUGAUGUUUGGUGGCAGAGGAGAUAUUAGUUGCGUGAACUGUCAAGAGAUUGCAGUGCAGGAGGGCAACAGAAACUGUACAAGGUGCAGACUUAACUCAUGUAAGAUUUGUGUGAAUCAGCCAAAGUAACUAGAGUCAGUCAAACACAAAGCUGUGAAAAGUAGUGUGAGGAAAGAAUCAUACUGAAUUUUAGGAACAAAUACCUGACUAUGAUACUUUUUACAGAAUGGCUACAAGUUGUAGGACAGUUUUUGUGUGUGCUGAUGUCAACGGCUGCCUGGCUAUGUGUUGAUGUUUUCAUCCUUUCUCUUUUGAAUGAGGGUAUAACCAUCAAAAAUAAAAUACCUUUCAAAUAG